UAGAUUCAUCGUUAGGCCGUCGACCACCGACUAUCCUAAUCUCGCAAAAUGGCUUCAGCAACCAAAGCCGUCCAGACGUUUGGAAAGAAGAAGACAGCAACUGCUGUAGCCCAUGCCAAGGAGGGUCGUGGACUCAUCCGUAUUAAUGGCUCCCCCAUCAACCUCGUCCAACCCGAAAUCCUUCGCCUAAAGGUGUACGAGCCUGUUCUCGUUGCUGGCGAGGAUGCUUUCACUCCCCUUGAUAUUCGUGUCCGGGUGAAGGGCGGUGGACACACCUCCCAAGUGUAUGCUAUCCGCCAGGCCAUUGCCAAGGCUCUCGUUGCAUACUACGCAAAAUACAUCGACGCUUACAGCGCACUGGAGUUGAAGAAGAAACUGGUAGCGUAUGACCGAACGCUGUUGAUUGCCGACCCCAGACGGAUGGAGCCCAAAAAGUUCGGUGGUGCUGGUGCUCGUGCUCGCAGGCAAAAGAGUUACCGUUAAGUGGCUGUGGCUGUUUUGGAGGACUUGGUGUUACUAUCUCAAUAUCAUUCAUUAUGUCUCUCAGCUACUGUUAUGCUAUGCACCUUUUAC